CCUCCUCUCGCUGCCUCCGCCUCCACCCGGGCUGAGGAGCCGGGAGUCCGCGGCGCUGGCUCGGGGCUGCGGGAUGGGGACUUAGCGCCACGGCGGCGGCAGUGGCCGCAGCGCAACCGGCCGCCGCCCCCGGGCCCGUCCCGCCGGGAGCGCGGGGCGCGGCCAGCCCGCCCCGGAGCCAGGCCCGCGGGCGGCGGCGGCGGCGGAGCUGGGCAGGUGGAUGCGGCUGGAAGAUGGCGCCCUCGGGCCCGGGCAGCGUCAGGCGGCGGUGCCGGCGGGUGCUCUACUGGAUCCCGGUGGUGUUCAUCAGCCUGCUGCUCGGCUGGUCCUACUACGCCUACGCCAUCCAGCUGUGCAUAGUGUCCAUGGAAAACGUUGGAGAACAAGUUGUGUGCCUGAUUGCUUAUCAUCUACUUUUUGCAAUGUUCGUCUGGUCAUAUUGGAAAACUAUCUUUACAUUACCAAUGAAUCCUUCAAAAGAAUUCCAUCUCUCUUAUGCGGAGAAAGAAUUGUUGGAGAGAGAGCCAAGAGGAGAAGCCCAUCAGGAAGUUCUUCGGCGAGCAGCCAAAGAUCUCCCCAUCUAUACCAGGACCAUGUCUGGAGCAAUCCGAUAUUGUGAUAGAUGCCAACUCAUAAAACCAGACCGCUGCCAUCACUGUUCUGUCUGUGACAAAUGUAUUUUGAAGAUGGAUCAUCAUUGCCCUUGGGUGAACAAUUGUGUUGGAUUUUCAAAUUAUAAAUUUUUCCUCCUUUUCUUGGCUUAUUCUCUGCUGUACUGCCUUUUUAUUGCUGCUACAGAUUUACAGUAUUUUAUCAAAUUUUGGACAAAUGGCCUACCCGAUACUCAAGCCAAGUUCCAUAUUAUGUUUUUAUUCUUUGCCGCAGCUAUGUUUUCUGUCAGCUUGUCUUCUCUGUUUGGCUAUCAUUGUUGGCUAGUCAGCAAAAAUAAAUCUACAUUAGAGGCGUUUAGAAGUCCUGUAUUUCGACACGGAACGGAUAAGAAUGGAUUCAGCUUGGGUUUCAGUAAAAACAUGCGACAAGUUUUUGGUGAUGAGAAGAAGUACUGGUUGCUACCCGUUUUUUCAAGUCUAGGUGAUGGCUGCUCCUUUCCAACUUGCCUUGUUAAUCAGGAUCCUGAACAACCAUCUACUCCUGCAGGAAUGAACUCAACAUCGAAAACUCCUGAAAACCAUCAGUUCCCUGCAAAGCCCUUGAGAGAGUCCCAGAGUCACCUUCUCACGGAUUCCCAGUCUUGGACUGAGAACAGCGCAAACCCAGGAAAAGGCAAAGCUGGUAUGAGCAAUCCUGCAUUAACCAUGGAGAAUGAGACUUAACUCUUCAAACAAAAUAAAUUCAUACUUUAUGAAAGUAUCAGUGCUGCAGGUGGAUGGCAGAGGCUUCCCACAGGAAGGCACCACGGGCCCGUGGUUCCCAUUUCUUCUUGGCUGGAUAUGCAGAAUAUGAAUUGGUUAGUUCUCUCCAAGCCGUUGCUUAAAAUAUAACACAUUUUUAAAAAAACCAGUAUAGAGAUUGUUUCAACUAACACAAAUUCCUGUUAAAUAUUAAAAGUAAUUAUGGUUUAUGAAUCAAGGACAAAAAUAUCUUCUAUCAUAAAAACUUGGAAUAAAUUCAUGGGCUUAUUUUCACCCAAAUAUUUGGGUUGUACAAUGUAUACACAUAAAAAGCCCAUUAAUCAUCUGACUUUUCUGAUUCAGAAAAUUGAGACUAUUAAGAUUCUGAAGUUUAAAAGAUUUCAAAUUACGGUAUAAUGAGAGCUUUAUUCAUAAAACCUGUUAGUUACCUGUGAGGUGGAGGGAGCCUGUCAGACUUGUUUCUUCCCUCUGCUGUAAAUCUGGCCCCAGACUGAGUGAACUCUAAUGACUAUGAAUUCAUUGCAAAUUUUAAUUGGCCCACACUUGAAAACUGCCAUCAUUUUUUGCCAGACUUUAAUUCUAGCCUUUGUUCCCUGCUGGAAAAGAAGUGUGAUCAUUGAUUGAAGACUGAGCUCACUGAUAAGCAACUAGCUGGCAAAUUUUUUGUCACAACUAACACAUUUCUAUUACAUCCAAGAUACAUUUUUCAUCUCUCCCAAUCUUCUUAAACCGGGGGAAAAUCUAUAUAAAAACAAUUAUGGUUGGUUUAUUAUGUUCUUUUGCCAGUAUGGCUUUUUUGAAAAUCUGUUUUUUAGGUUAUUUGUUCUACUGAACAGAGCAAACGUAUUGAAUUUGUUAAGCAUCGCCAAUGGGCCAAUAGAUUAAUCCUCCAUUGGUAUCUAUAUUUUUUCCGUGUCCCCUCUCAUCAAAAGUAUGACACUUAACUUUAUAGUUCUUCAAAUACUUAAGACUAAAUUAUGCAAAUCAUUAAAACAAAUCGUAUACUUUCAGAAAUUUAGUUCAACCUGAACUAAAUGGCGUGCUGUUUGGAAAUUGAGUUUAAGGUAAACUAAUGUGGUGUGUUUGUUAAUGCCAAAACGUUCGGCUUCGGUAAAUAUACUAGGAAGCUCUUGUGCCUUGUACGCACUAUUUGAAAAAGUUUUAUUCUUUUUUUGAGUGGAGUGUAAGUUUUGUAAAUGUUAGAGAUUAGAAUAAGCUUAAACAGUUUUUGGUACUGAUUUUGAGAAUUUAAAGCAGAUUAUCUUUUAAAACGUACACAGUUAAGGAACCAGUAUUUAAUCAAAGAGACAAUGGUAUUACACUUUUCAAAAUCUGAGUUAGACAAAAAUGCAACACUGAAGAGACCAGGAGACUGGAGGAUAAUGGAGUAGAAAGAUCCUUGCAAUUACUUGUUCUUUCUAAAAAUAUAAAGCUUACAUUUUAAUGAGUUUAUGAAAGAACCAAUGUCAGCCAAGUCCAUUUAAAGAUCAUUUGAGUGCAAUUCUUUGAACAACAGGGAUACUCUUUCCGAUUUUUUUUUUUUUUAAACCUGAAGACUUUGAUCUGACAAUCCGUUUCAGGAAAUCUCAGAAGAUAUGAUGCAUUUUUACUUGUUACUUUUAAAGCAUUUUUUGGUCAUCAUUUUUUAUUACCUGAAGUGCCAGGUUGGAACCUAUAGCUACUGCUACGAGUCUUAAGGGCAACAGCAUCACGUGAUGUAUUACGAAAUAUAUGCAGCCAGGUUUUUUCAAAGCACAGUACUAUAGCCAUUUUUGUGGACAGGAUUUUGUGAGGUGUUCCUUCUUGUCAAAAUAGAAGCUAAGAAAAAAAGUGGGGUUUUUAUUCUUUCCCUUGCGAGAGUACUGUUAAAUUUUCCCCCUUUAGGUCUUUUGUGUAAUUAUUGAUAUACCUGAUGAGUUGAUACACAGUAGAAUCAUUCGAAAAAAAUUUUUACGAAUAAAUUUUUUUCCAUUAAGUUGCAUUGGUUCCCUUUUUGUUUUCAUUCAGUGAAUAAUCUUUCAAGGGUUUUGUUUUUAAUCUAGGUGGUUAGAAUUUUUAGAGAUGAUGGCAUAUCUCAUUAGAUAUGCAGUAUAAAGUUUACCUGAGUGAAUAAAGCAUCAGAUAGACCUGCAUUUUUGUACAUAUUUAUAAAAUGUACCUUAAAAACAUUUUAAACAUUUUGCUUUAAAAACUUUAAUUGCUCAACUGAAACUUGAAGACACUUACACUUCCACUGUCCCGAUAGUCCACUUAACUGAUAAUUUUGAUUUUUUCCUGUUUUUAGAAAUUCUACCAUAGAGAGAAAAUUUUUAAGAAUUUUUUUAAAUAUUGUGCAAAUACUUCAUAUACUUUAGUUAACUAUUUGCCAUUGUGCAGUGAAGAGGGUUUGUUUUUUAAAGACAAAACUUUGUUGCAUCUAAAUACAAUGAUGAGCCAUUCAAGGCAGUGCUUACCCAUGAAUUCCCUCCUGUUCUACCAUAAUAAAGUCUGGUUGAUCACCGUUA